GGCUGGAUCGUCGUCACAUCGAGGCGCAGGGUGGGCCAAAUGCAGUUUAUGUAAGCAAAUGCAGGCCAGGGGUCGUUGUGUGUUGGCAGGGAUUAGGGACAUGCAUACCUUAGGUUGCGCGGACCAUAUGGAUUACUGAGAGGAACAGCCUCGAGCUUCAACUUCAACUUCAAGGUCAAGCACCGGAAGCAAGAGAGCGAGGGAUUGAGCCAAAUCCAGCACUUGAACCUCCAUCAAUCAUGUCUAGACGUGCUCUCCGCCCACGAGCAGAUGUAUGCCAUCUAUGCGAAUUCAUAACCGGCCGCCAAUCACGUCCAUCGCCAUUGCUUCGCCAGUUACUUCGAAAAAGUACACCAUCUGCCCGCGCCUUUUCAACAAGUCGAGCGCUCCUCCAGAAUUCGCAGAAUCCUCAACCAAAGCCGACUGCUGCCAAAGUCUCGCCAGCAUCAACGGGGAAUACUGGCGAUAUUACAGAAGCACAGUUGGAGAAGAGGCUGCAAUCUGUGAGGGUGACCUGCAACACAUUGCUCAUGCAGAAGAGCAUACCGUCAGAAAAUGAGACGCUUAUUGUGUUGGACGGAUGCAAAGCCACGGCCGACUUACUCGUCCAAGACCAGCAAAAUUCGAACAAGAAGAAUGGUGCUGCUUCAGCCCUUCUCUCUCUAGAUGAGGCCAGCGCAAAGAAGAUUCCAGUUCCCAAACUUCCUCUCAAAGUGCAGCGAAUAGUGGACCAAUUAUCAAGUCUUGCAUAUUCCAUCGUCAAAUUCCCCCCGGUCUUCAUUUCGCCCGAAGUUCUGAGCCUCUAUGUUGCAAUUCAGUCUACUCUAGGUAAACCAGAAACUUUCCCGGAGGUCUUCCGACUGUACGCAAAUAAACCAUUCCCAAAAGAAGGUUCAGACCCAAUCACUUACUCCAAGCCAAAUCCAAACAAGUCGGCAAAUGCGAUUCCGCUUCAAGUUGCAGAUCAAGCAUUAAAGGCGGCUAUUGAUGCGAAACAAUUGGUCGUGGCUAUGGAGAUUAUCGAGACCUCGUACACAACGAAAGCAGCACAUCGUGCCAAGUUCAUCCGGAAGGCCCUUCUGCCAGCUACAGGUCUUGCUGUAGCUCCUAUUGCAGCAUAUACAGUUGCUUCACAACUUGCUGUUCUCCAGACGACGAUGGACACGGCCAUGGCGACCAAUGUCGCAUUUGCUGGAAUAUUAGCGUAUGUUGGCUUCACUGCUACUGUCGGAGUCGUUGCGGUUACGACCGCGAAUGACCAAAUGGAUCGCGUAACGUGGGCUCAAGGAGUGCCACUAAGACAGCGAUGGAUACGGGAAGAGGAGCGGUCUGCGAUCGAUAAAGUUGCGGGAGCUUGGGGGUUUCGGGAGGUCUGGAGGCGAGGUGAAGAAGAGGGUGAAGAUUGGGACGCUUUACGAGAAUGGAUUGGCAGGAAAUCGAUGAUGUUAGAUCGGGUGGAACUCAUGGAAGGAAUGGAGUAGCUGGCGGAAAUACCUGCUCAGUAAUUUGGCAUUGGUCAAAACAGGUUAUACACCACCAGUAAACGCAGUUUUACGCUAAAUUAAGCUGUAGCUGAGUCUAAUAAGAGCUUCUUUGAGAAGUUUACAUAUAAUUUCAAAAACUUAAAGCGUACCACUUGUCUAUCGAUAUUAUCGAGGUGGGAUGAACUUGGAAGCCGAAUUUGAUAGAACUACCAAAUCGAUAAGUGAAGGUUGACAGGGGUUCUCGGC